GGAUAACCAAAAGGACCAGAACCCUGCAUCCCACGAGAAGCCGAAUAGGAACAUCGCCAAGGAAAAAUGGACGGAAAGAAGCAGAUCAAGUUCAUGACUUACAACGUCUGGUGCCGGGAGGACCUUGUCGUCCACAAGAGGAUGAAGGCCAUCGGCGACCUCGUUCAGGAACAUUCGCCAGACGUCAUCUUCUUCCAGGAAAUCACACCGUACAUCCACUCGAUCUUCGAGAGCUUCGCAUGGUGGAAGGACUACCACUGCUCACCAGUGCCCACAGAAGGCCAAUUCUGCUUGAUGCUGAGCAAGCUUCGAAUGGAGAGCUACGCGCGCUGGAAGUUUGGCACUUCGCCGACGGGCAAGUGCUACCUGGAGGCAGACAUUGUCCCUGGACCGCCUUCUUUGAUGAAGCCGAUCCGCAUCGCUACGACCGAGCUCGAGUGCCCCGUGCCGCCGGCGUGGAUGCACCUCAGGGAGCGCUACACGCAGGCAAAGCACGCGGUCUCGGCGCUGAGUAGCGCGGAUAAUGUCGUUCUGGGCGGCGACAUGAGCUGGGAUGAUGAUGCCGACUUGCCGUUUCCGCUCCCUGGAGGCUGGUGUGACGCCUGGGAAGAACUAAUCCGUGAGCGUGGGAGUUACUACAGUUGGACUUAUGAUAGUUUCUGGGUGGAAAAGGUAUGGGAGUUCAAUGGCCACAUAGUCCAUCGACCAUGGACCAAGAAGCGGUCAGACCGAUUUGUGUGCAAGCUGCAAGACUACACGCUGAAUACGAUCCAGCUGAUCGAGGGAAAUCAUGGUUUUGAGGCUUUUGGUCGUAUUCGUUGUACGAACUACACGACAUGCAACCACGAAGACCUGGCGCUACACGCGAGCUGUCACCGCGGGCUGGUUCUGACCAUCGUCCCCAAAUGAUAUUUCGUACUAAGUGCCCAAUGAAAGUUAUGUCCACCUGAUCUUAAUGUGUGAUGACAAUUUGUUGGCUUUUUGUUUUGGAUGUCACCAGCAUAUUGGCAUCAACCAAAUGGUAUCAUUUCAAUAAAUCGCGCAGGAAUGCUUUGGAGGUGCUACAUACUCCUACAUGCAUGCACUU